CUUUCUUUCUUUUCUUUUCUCUUCUCAUCCCAUUUCUCUUGUCCAGUUAACUUUUCCUUCUUUCAUUUUUUUCGGUUUUGGUUUCUGGUCCAUUCGAUUACAUUAAAGAAACUGACCAAAGGUCAACAAUCAGCGAUACUGUCGGCCCACAAUGUGGCCUUUAACUACCUCAAGUCCGUUGGCUUUCAUUUAUUUCUUAAGUUUUACCUUAAUUACUUGUGAAUAUCAACAUAGACCCAAAAACAGUCACGAGAUGACGAAUCUCUCUAAGAAUGAUGUUUUCGAAACAAUCAAUUAUAAUGGUAAAAUAAACGACUGUCAUAAAGUGGCCCUAUGGAACUGUGGUAAUAGCCUAUUAAAAGUAUCCAAAUUUCUUGACUAUUUGAGUGGAAAAGAAGAAAACAUUUACGCUAAAUGUACCAUGAAAAAAGCCUUCUACAAUUGCCUUAAUGAAAUGAGUUCCAAGAAGUGUGGCCAUCACCGUGACCAAAGGACCCACGAUAAUAAAACAACCAAUAAAUUUCGGAAAAAACUCGCUCGUACUUUAUGGUCCGCUCGAAGCUGUUACAUUGCACCAUUUUUUGCAAACCAAUGGCAAACUUGGACAGUCAGACAACAACAACAUGAGUAAAAUAAAGUCUAAAUGACCACUGGUCAGUAUCUUGACUCUGUACAGUAAAAGAAAAGUAUAAAAAGUCAAACCCGAUUGACCAUUAAUGUAAAAAAAAACUGUAAAUUAAUCCAUCAUGAAAAAAGUAACCCAAUACCUUACAUACUGAAUUAUAAUCCUUCAACUGAUAUGUAUUAACAUUCAUUGUCACUGACAAAACAACAUAACAAGAAACAAAA